AUGGGAGGGAAAUCUAAUGAUGCUGUUAUAGGAGGGAAAUCUAAUGAUGCUGUUAUAGGAGGGAAAUCUAAUGACGCUGUUAUAGGAGGGAAAUCUAAUGAUGCUGUUAUAGGAGGGAAAUCUAAUGAUGCUGUUAUAGGAUGGAAAUCUAAUGACGCUGUUAUAGGAGGGAAAUCUAAUGAUGCUGUUAUAGGAGGGAAAUCUAAUGAUGCUGUUAUAGGAUGGAAAUCUAAUGACGCUGUUAUAGGAGGGAAAUCUAAUGAUGCUGUUAUAGGAGGGAAAUCUAAUGAUGCUGUUAUAGGAGGGAAAUCUAAUGACGCUGUUAUAGGAGGGAAAUCUAAUGACGCUGUUAUAGGAGGGAAAUCUAAUGACGCUGUUAUAGGAGGGAAAUCUAAUGAUGCUGUUAUAGGAGGGAAAUCUAAUGAAGCUGUUAUAGGAGGGAAAUCUAAUGACGCUGUUAUAGGAGGGAAAUCUAAUGACGCUGUUAUAGGAGGGAAAUCUAAUGACGCUGUUAUAGGAGGGAAAUCUAAUGACGCUGUUAUAGGAGGGAAAUCUAAUGAUGCUGUUAUAGGAGGGAAAUCUAAUGAUGCUGUUAUAGGAGGGAAAUCUAAUGACGCUGUUAUAGGAGGGAAAUCUAAUGACGCUGUUAUAGGAUGGAAAUCUAAUGACGCUGUUAUUCCAAGAAUGGAUCAGUAUACGAAAAAAGAUCCAAAGAAGAUGUGGAAAGUGCGAACACUGCGUCAAUUAAUUGAAUUGUUAGGCCAUGAGGAUGUAAGUUGUAAAAUAUUUCAAGAAGGUCAAAACUAA